AAGCUCAAUCGACAGCGCCAACCCCAUCACCCACCCCCACGCCUCGGCCUCUCGCGCGCCGCCACAAUGCAGGCCGCCGCCGCCGUCCGCCACCCGCACCUCCUCGCGCCGUGCGCCGGCCGCCCCCGCCGCCGGCCCAGCACCGUCCGCAUGGCGCUGCGCGAGGACGGGCCCUCCGUGGCCAUCGUGGGCGCCACGGGCGCGGUCGGCCAGGAGUUCCUCCGCGUCAUCACGGACCGGGACUUCCCCUACCGCAGCCUCCGCCUCCUGGCCAGCGAGCGCUCCGCGCGGAAGCGCCUCGCCUUCGAGGACCGCGAGUACACCGUCCAGGACCUCGCCGCGCCGGGGGCCUUCGACGGCGUCGACAUCGCGCUCUUCAGCGCCGGCGGGGGCGUCAGCCGCAAGUACGGGCCCGCGGCCAUCGCCAGCGGCGCCGUCGUCGUGGACAACAGCUCCGCGUUCCGGAUGGACCCCGAGGUGCCGCUCGUUAUCCCCGAGGUCAACCCGGAGGCCAUGGCCAACGUCCGGCUGGGGCAGGGCGCGAUUGUGGCGAAUCCGAAUUGCUCGACCAUCAUCUGCCUCAUGGCGGCCACCCCGCUCCAUCACCACGCCAAGGUGUUAAGGAUGGUUGUCAGCACUUACCAAGCUGCAAGUGGUGCUGGUGCUGCAGCAAUGGAAGAACUUAAACUGCAGACUAAGGAGGUCUUGGAAGGGAAGGCACCAACAUGCAACAUUUUCAAACAACAGUAUGCUUUUAAUAUAUUUUCGCACAAUGCGCCAGUUCUUGAAAAUGGGUAUAAUGAGGAAGAGAUGAAAAUGGUGAAGGAGACCAGAAAAAUCUGGAACGACAAGGAUGUGAAAGUUACUGCGACCUGCAUACGGGUUCCUGUGAUGCGUGCGCACGCUGAAAGUGUCAAUCUACAGUUUGAAAAGCCACUUAAUGAGGAUACUGCCAGAGAAAUUCUGAGGGCUGCUCCUGGUGUUACCAUUGUUGAUGAUCGUGCAGCUAAUCGCUUCCCUACACCUCUAGAGGUAUCAAAUAAAGAUGACGUAGCAGUAGGUAGGAUUCGCCAGGACUUGUCACAAGAUGAUAACCGAGGGUUGGAGAUAUUUGUCUGUGGCGAUCAGAUUCGUAAAGGUGCUGCGCUCAAUGCUGUUCAGAUUGCCGAAAUGCUACUGAAGUGAUUAUCCUUUUGUAUCACUCCAUGUUCCUAGUUAGUCUAGUCAUUGCUGAACUGAUGUACUCUGGUUAGUUUGAGCUCAAUUUUGGUCGCCUAUAUGUAAUCUAUUGUGCUAGUGCAAUAAUUGUGAGACGGGCUUGAGUCAUCUGUUGCGCACAAAAGUGCAUUCGGAAGUUGGGAAAUAAUGGGCCAUCCUUAUUCAGCAUCUCUAUCAUAUCUUGUUCAGAUUUUGAUUCAGAUUCAUAUAACACUCCA